GCCGCAGUCUCUACACAAACCAAAGCCCAUUCAGUAACGCAAAAGUCUUUGCUUCCAUUUGAGGAUUAGGGUUUUGCCCAAUUCGAAUUUCAAAGUGAGCAACCACCGUGUGCGUGUUUGGAUCUUCAGAUGGCGUUGCAGGAGAGGCUAGAGAAGUUCAAGAAGCAGCAAGAGAAGUGCCAGACCACGCUGUCGAGCAUUGCAGCAAGCAAGGCCGCUGCCCAAAAAUCUGCCUCCGCCUCGGCCAACGGAAGAAAUGCGGUUCCUCCGGUUAAGUUUUCCAGCGACACCGAGAGGCUUCAGCAUAUUAACAGCAUACGCAAAUCCCCUGUGGGUGCUCAGAUGAAGCGUGUUAUUGACCUCCUUCUAGAGACACGGCAAGCUUUGACACCAGAGCAGAUAAAUGAGGCGUGCUAUGUUGACAUGAAGGCUAACAAAGAUGUCUUUGAGAAUUUGAGGAAAAACCCGAAAGUAAACUAUGAUGGGCAACGAUUCUCUUACAAGUCAAAGUAUGGUCUUAAGGACAAAACUGAGCUUCUACAUCUGAUACGAAAGUAUCCAGAGGGUCUUGCUGUUAUUGACCUAAAGGAUGCGUAUCCGACUGUGAUGGAAGACUUGCAGGCUUUGAAAGCUGCGGGGCAGAUUUGGCUGCUGUCCAACUUUGAUUCUCAGGAAGACAUUGCCUACCCUAAUGAUCCCAAAGUGCAUAUUAAGGUGGAUGAUGAUCUGAAACAGCUUUUCCGGAGUAUUGAAUUGCCUCGUGAUAUGAUUGAUAUAGAGAAGGAUCUUCAAAAGAAUGGAAUGAAGCCUGCCACUAACACUGCCAAGAGGAGGAGUGCAGCACAAAUUCAAGGCAUUUCUUCCAAGCCAAAGCCUAAGAAGAAGAAGAGUGAAAUCAGCAAGAGAACGAAGCUGACCAAUGCCCAUCUUCCAGAGCUUUUUCAGAAUUUAAACAGUUCCUGAUUAACUCUCAACUAGUGUUGUAUUAGUUAAAAUAGAAACUUAUCAGUCAGUCUAAACUAGAUUAGCAGUGUGAGAAAUAUUCAGGAAGUUCUUGCUGCUCUGCCCUACUCUUAUUUGUUUUCAAUUUUUAUACAUGAAGGCUGCAGCUAAUGGACUGUUGUGAUCUGUGUAAUAACUCGUAUUAAUUUGUGAAUCCUUGUAUAUUAAAACCAUGUUAUAAUUAAUGUCCAAAUCUUGUAACUUUAUAUACAAAAAAUA